AUGUUGGGUGGUCGGCACCAGAAGGGCGGAGGAGGGGCGGGGGGUGGGGGAGUCUCCACCAGAUGGGUGUGCCUUCUCUGCAUCUCCUGCUUCUGCUUCGGCGCGUUCAUCGUCAACAGGUUUGCCGCUUGCCUCCUCUUGUUGUUGGUCGAAAGCAACCGCCGUUUUUCAUGCAUGGAAGGGACUGGGGUGUGGUCUUUCCAAUCGGAAGUGUACUCCGAUGUGGUGGAGAUACGCUGGUACAACUUUCCGGUACAUUGCUCCUCGUUUCCUGUAGUUUUCACCCUAGCAUUAUCUUCCUCUUACGCCCACACAUCCGACGAGUUGUAUGUGAAUGACUCUUCUGAUCUAUGUCCUUCUCUCCCUAUUUCUACCCCAUAUCGUUAUGUGAUUACCACUGGUAGGUUUCUGGGUGAUCAUCGUGGUGAACUUGACUAAUCGAUAUGGGGUAUCAAUAGGGAAAUAGGCAGGCGACUUGUUACAUCUAGAAGUGAGUUUCUUCGAGAUAGAGAAGAUUAGAUGUGUGAUGAUGCAGUCAUCAAGGUUGGGUGAAGGGGCUUGAUGCCUUCUUUGUCAGGUCUCCUAACCAUUUUCAUAGGGACUUUGUUGCCAUCAUUUUACCAUCUUGGAUCCUUGUUCAAAUCUGAAUCAUUCCCUUCUUGACAUUCGCUACUUGAUAGUCCUGGUCAGUGAUUGAUAUCUUAUGGUCUGUUUUUUAUGAUUUGGAGAUAUUUUAGAAAUUGGGCGGUGCCAAAAUGGAUUAAGUUUGAAAAAGGAAGAUGUGGAUGUACAUCAUAUUUGGAAAUAAUGGGUAUUUAAAUGCCCAGUAACUGUGAUGUGGGCUCAUUAGCAACAUUCUUGGGGAUUUAUGCCCUUUGGCUCUAGUGGGAGAGAUGCAUUCAGCUUUGAAUUCACACAGUGAGAGAGGUUUUUGGCAUACAUGUCUGUGACGAUGAUAAUGGAUAGAAUCAAGAGAUGAUCGUUGAUAUUGGCUAGAUACAGAUGAUAAUCAUGUUAUAUCCUGGAGAGAAAGUGGCAUAGAAACCGCCCAUACAAGAGCAAUAGUUUUCAUUUUGUGUCACCCACUUCCUCGUUAUGAAAUUUCCCUAUCUUUCUCCUCAAACUCUAUCAGCUGAGCAAUCUUCAUGCCAAAUAGUCAUUGUUAUCAUCAGCCUUUUAUUAUUCUAAAUGAUUUCCUCUCUGUUUUCUGUUGUUUUAUUUGGCGUCAGUAUCAUCUCCUACAGUACUUUCUGCGUUGAUCUGCCUUUUUUUUUUUUUUUUUUUUCAGUUUUUCCUUUUCUUCUUCGCUUCUCUUUUCAUAUGUUGCUAUAUUGCGGCUGCACAUGCAUCCACUCAAGUCUCUGCUAUUUUGGGUUCAACAGGCGUAACCAAGGGAUGAAGAAUUUCCAAUAGCCAAAUUUAGAGAAACAGCCACGUUUCGUAUUGCUAUAAUUUUUUUGUCCUGGUUUCUAAGUUCCUUCUCAACUUGCCCCCAUCUCACAGGAUACUGUUUGUUCCUGAGACGACUGUAGCAGAUGGUGAGACAUUAGGUUCCCAGAAGGUCAAGAAAGCCCUUCAACCAGAUAUUAACUGUGAAGACAAGGUUAGUCUCCGCAUGCUUCCGACGUUUGAUGCCUAGUACCCCCAGUGUUUACACGCAUCAGAGCCCAUUUCACUUUGUGUUUCAGGAUACCUUUGAUAUCCUUACUCAGGUUUCACACACUCAUGACGUAAUCAUGUAAGCUCUUGUAUUCCUUCAUUUUUGCUGCUUUACUUCACUUUUUUUUUUUAAAUUUUAAAUUGGUGUUUCCCUUCAAAUUAUUCGAGAUUUCUUUUCAUUUUCUUUGUUGGAUUCUUAUGAAACCCUUUUGCAAUGUAUAAUCGUGCAUACGUGGUUGGUUAUAUAGGAGCUUGGAUAGAACAAUCUCUACGCUAGAAAUGCAACUAGCAUCAGCUAGAGCUGCUCAGGGGAGUAGCUGGAACCAAUCUCCAACGUCAGUGAAGCAAGGAACCAACAAGCCCAAGCAGCGUGACAAAGCUUUUUUUGUAAUGGGAAUCAUUACAGCAUUCAGCAGCAGAAGAAGGAGGGAUUCAAUCAGGCAAACCUGGAUGCCUCAAGGUGCAUAUGCCUUUUUAUUCAUCUUCAAAGUGUCAUCGGGUACUAUUUUCCUUUCAUUUUGUAUCUCUGAUAUAUAGAUUAUUUCCAGGGGAAGCUUUGUGGAAACUGGAGGUUGAGAAAGGAAUUAUCAUGCGAUUUGUUAUUGGGCACAGGUAAUAUCUUCUUCAUUUCUUGCAUUUUCGAUCGGUACUUCAUUAUAUUACUUGAUUGAAUCUUAAUGUCGCACUUGCUUUCGCUCUGCAGUUCAACCCCCAGGGGUGUCCUUGAUCGUGCUAUUGAUGCCGAAGAAGAACAGUAUCAUGAUUUCCUAAGAUUGGUACGCCGCAGGGCCUGCAAUUUUCUGUUCUGGGAUUCCACCACAAUCUUCAUGAGACAAUGCUGGGUUCAUUCUGUGCAGAACCAUGUUGAAGGGUACCAUGAGCUGUCAACCAAGACCCAAACAUAUUUUUCAACAGCUGUUGAAAAAUGGGAUGCUGAUUUCUAUGUAAAAGUUGAUGAUGACGUCCAUGUCAAUCCCGGUUAGUUGCUAGCUAUCCAGCUGACCUUUUAGAUUUGACUUUCUAGAAGAUGCCUUGACCGACUCUUUUAACAGGUGUGAUUAGCUCUGCACUGGCCCGCCACAGGUCAAAGCCACGGGUUUACAUCGGUUGUAUGAAGUCAGGCCCUGUUCUAGCACAGCAGUAAGACCCACCUUCAAAUCUAUGCGUUCUUCUACCCGAUUCACACCUUUUCUGAGUUUCUGAGAUAGUUAUCUGUUCUCUCUUCUACAGAGGAGUCAAGUACCAUGAACCCGAGUACUGGAAGUUUGGAGAGGCAGGAAACAAGUACUUCAGGCACGCCACUGGGCAGCUCUAUGCCAUUUCCAAGGACCUGGCCACAUACAUCUCAGUGAACAGGUAAUGGCUGCUGCGGCGAUAUGCUAUGUAUGAAGACUUUUGCUCUUGUUGUGGCUCUUGGUCAUCUUCCCCUCUUCGUUUCAGACACAUUCUUCAUAGAUACGCAAAUGAAGAUGUCUCUCUGGGUUCAUGGUUCAUCGGCCUAGACGUCGAGCACAUUGAUGAUCGGAGCCUCUGCUGUGGAACCCCACCAGGUCUGACUUUCUUUGAAACCCUGUUCGCUGUGUUCAGUGGGAACAUGUUUCUAUGGCUCCAUACUCAACCAGGGGCAUCAAUGGGCCAGGGCCAUCGUAGCCUGUCCCCUCUUCCGGGUUUGACCAGCUCAUCUACGCGCUUAAUAUAAACUGGAAGCAGAGCUAUGUGGGCAGCCUGUAUCGUUCCUGCAUGCUGCUCUGUUCCAUCUCUGGUCCCUUAUUUGUUUGAGCUUCGUCCAUGGCAGACUGCGAGUGGAAGGCCCAGGCGGGGAACCCUUGUGGCGCGUCCUUCGACUGGAGCUGCAGCGGAGUCUGCAGGUCGAUCGAGAGGAUGGAGGAGGUCCACCAGCGCUGCCGGGAGGACGACGGCGCAGUCUGGCACGCCGUCUUCUGA